AUGAGUGCCAGGGCAAAGAAAGGCAAAAAGAAAGACGAAAAGCCGCCACCAGCCACGGGUCCCGGUAGUAAAAUUAUAGCUCUACCCGAACCGUUACGCAAAGGUUACAUAAAAAGAAUCGGGGACACCAAACAAGUACAUCUGCAGUUUGGAACAGCCAAUAUGAAGACGCUACCUAUUGAGAUUUACAACAACGAAGAGUUAAGUGCACUAACGGUCAAAUUCAACGCUGAAAAUAACAGGAUAAAACGACUGCCAAAAUCUAUUUCUGAGUUAGAGAAUUUGGAAUAUAUUGACGUCAGAAACAACAACUUAUCAUCUUUUCCAGCGUCCGUGGCUAAGCUAAAGAAGUUAAACUUUCUGGAUUUAACAGGCAACAACUUAAAAAAGCUUCCCAACACAAUUCAUAAAGCAACGGGUCUGAAGACACUUUUGGCGCCCAAAAACAGAAUACGUGGGUUGCCAAAGAACAUCGGGAAGUCCACAAGUCUAGAAUAUGUCGACGUGUCUUUCAACAUGAUUAAAUCUUUCAAAAAAGGUGUUUACGAGAGCAACGCCUUCAUCAACUUUAGAAACAAUCGAAUCAAGGAAAUGCCGAACGUGAAGGUGAAAAAAGCGAAAAUCAAGAAGUUGGAUCUGUCCCACAACUCGAUUGCUUUUAUACCAGACACCAUCAAUCGUCUGUCUUGCCUAGUUUGGCUAGAUAUUUCCCACAAUUCUCUCGAUGAACUCCCAGCUCAGAUUGGUAUGGUCAAGUAUCUACAUUAUUUCGACGCUUCCUUCAAUUCUAUCAAAGCCCUCGACACGCUAAAGCUCUCCAACAACGAGAUAGCUCUCCUGCCUGAAGAGAUACACAAGCUGAAGAAACUUCGAGUGUUGGACAUGGCCAACAACCAGCUAGAGUACCUUCCGGAGUCCGUGAAGAAUUUGAUGUUUGUGCAAGAGAUCAACGUCUCUGGAAAUAUGCUGACUUCGAUGAAGUUUGCAGUGACUUUGAAAACUCUUGUCAGUCUCCAGAUUGCUGGAAACAAGGUGGAGGUGGUUCCGGCUGAGAUCAGAAAAAUGAGAUCUUUGGUCACACUUGACCUGUCCGACAAUGGAAUCAAAGAAAUCCCAGAAACAAUAGGUCUGACUUUAUAUGUGCGGUCGUUAAAUGUAGCAGGUAACCAGUUGAAUGAGCUGCCUCUUCCAAAAACACUGACUCACCUGUACCUGUCGGAGAACCCGCUGACCAUGAAUUUUACUGAACACAAAUCUCUGUUCAACAUUAUGGGGGAUAAGGAUCAUAUGAG